AUGGUGAUGGAUAAACCAUUCACCGAGGCCGACCCUGAUGUCAUUGAUCUGACGGGGAACAUUUCGUCCGGUUCUUCCACCUCGAGUUCGCUUGCAUCCUCACCAGCAAGCGCUCCUUUGGAGUCCGCAGAUUCCUCCAAAUUUGAUCUGAUGCAGGCUAAAUUGAUGCCUCCUCCGCCGGAGGAGUACCAGGUUGACAUCGAGGGUUACUUCACUUGGGAGAUCAAGCAGUGGAGUAAACUUCCUGAAGAUAAGGCACUCAGUCCCAGAUUUCAGGUAGGAGACUUUGAAUGGAAUCUUUUGCUAUUCAAGAAAACACAGACUAGUCUCAAUCCAGCAAUAUACCUGGAGCCUCAUCCUCUGAAUGCCAAUGGAACGUCUUCGGAAAAGGAUUCAGAAUGGCACGUUUGUGCCCAAUUCGUCAUUGAUGCAUGGAAUCCCCACGAUCCAACGGUGCACAGAAGCAGCGUUUCCCACCACCGUUUUAGCAGCCAGGAGACCGACUGGGGUUUCACAAAUUUCCUAGAGAAGAAGAAUCUGUUCGGCACGAGCAAGCAGACUGGCUUUAUAUACGAGGAUGCUAUCAACUUUACUGUCUAUGUGCGGAUCAUGAAGGAUCACACGGGUGUUUUGUGGCACAAUUUCAUGAACUAUGACUCGAAAAAAGAGACCGGCUUCGUGGGUUUGAAUAAUCAGGGUGCCACAUGCUACCUGAACUCUUUGCUUCAGUCGUACUUUUUCACGAAGCUAUUCAGAAAGAAGGUUUUCAGUAUUCCUACAAAGGAGGAGAGUAUAACUGAUUAUACAAAGAAGCAUAAAACUGUGGAGUUGGCUCUGCAGAGGCUUUUCUACAAGUUGCAGACUUCUGAUCACCCAGUUGAUACUCUCGAGCUUACAAAGUCGUUUGGGUGGGACAGCAGCGACGCUUUCACCCAACACGACGUGCAAGAGCUGAACAGGGUUCUCAUGGAUAUUUUGGAGAAUAGGAUGAAGGGAACUGCGAUUGAAGGCUGCCUUACUGGUAUCUUUGUGGGCAAGAUGAAGAGUUUCAUCAGAUGCAUCAACGUGGACUUUGAGAGUAGCCGCGUCGAAGACUACUGGGAUAUUCAACUGAACGUAAAAGGAAUGGGCAAUUUGGAGCAGUCGUUCGCAAACUAUAUUGAGCCAGAGGUGCUUGAUGGUGAUAACAAAUAUGAAGCCACUGGCUAUGGGCUCCAAGAUGCUAAUAAGGGUGUUGUUUUCGAAAGUUUUCCUCCUGUUUUGCAUCUUCAGUUAAAGCGCUUUGAAUAUGAUUUCCAGACACUGAACCUCAUGAAAAUCAAUGACCGCCAUGAAUUUCCCGACUCGAUUGAUCUCAAACCAUAUUUGGACAAGAGUUCAAGCACAGUGGACGAAGACUGGGAAUACGAAUUGCACGGUGUAUUGGUUCACACAGGUGAUAUAUCGACUGGCCAUUACUAUGCGUUGAUCAAACCGUCCUUGGAAGAUGAAUGGUACAGAUUUGACGAUGACCGUGUUUGGAAAUGCGUAAAAUCCGAAGUCUUUGAACAAAAUUUCGGAGCCAACAGACGACUGGACUCGGAGAUUAGGACCAUGACCAAGUCGGAGUAUGUCGAUUAUCAGCAAAGAAGACAUACAUCUGCUUACAUGCUUGUGUACCUUCGCAAAAGCAAACUGAACGAAAUCAUGGAUGAAGUUACGGAUGAAGACGUUCCGAAGCAUGUACGCACCCAAAUUGAUUUGGAAUUGGAGGCAUACGCUCGUCGCAAACGUGAAAUGGAGGAAAUGCACCUCUAUGUCAAUUUCAGAGUUUACACGAAUGAUACGUUCAUGAAAUUCCAAGGCUCUGAUUUGGGACCUCUCCACUCUACUGCGUAUGGUGAGGAUCCACAUGAUCCUGAAAGCAAUCCUAUAGCCUUCAGGUUUUUGAAAGAGGAGAAAUUCUCCAAGGUUUUAGAUACUAUUUCGGAAGCACUCGGAGGCAAAAGUGUGGAGCAGUUUCGCUUGUGGUUCAUGUCUCAUCGUGAUAACCGUACAAUCAGGCCGUGUGUGCCUGUUUCCAUUGAUUAUGAGGAGGCAAGAAACAGCUCUGUAGAGACUGUUUUCGCAGAAUACGAUAAGAAUCCAAGGGCAUAUACUAUGAGACUGUUUGUCGAAGAGCCUGAUAAGGAAUUGAGAAGAGUUGCAGAGAGUGCCUAUAAGCUGCGCUCUGAGGGCAAGUUGACCUUAGAUGAAAAAGAGCAUGUUGACUCACUGAACCUGAUAUCUCACUUCAAUCAGUUGGUUGAAGCCACUAGAGCACCAUCUCCAACACCCUUUGUUGAUGUUUCCCCAGAAAGCAACAAUCUGAUUGUGUUUUUGAAGUUUUUUGACGUUGCUAAUCAACGUUUGGUUGGAUUUACGCAUGCAAUUAUUUCGGCAGAUCAACAGGUAUCUAAGUUGACGAGGCUGAUCAACUUUCUUUUCAACCAAGAGCUUGAAGCACCCAUUAAGUACUAUGAAGAGGUCGAACCUUCUACCAUAGAGACGAUGAGUUUGUUCAACUCUUUUGAUAAGAGCGAGAUAGGAAAUGGGGACAUCAUAUGUUUCAAUAGUCUUCAGCUCCCAGACGGUGUUUUGGAGAGAGCUGAAUACAAAUCGCCUAUUGCUUUUUAUGACUUUUUUAGAACGAGGGUUCACCUUUUCUUCAAACCCCUCAAGAAGGCUCUGGAAGAUGAAGAGAAUUACGUCGCUGAGACCCCUGCUGGUCUUGAAGAAGAUACUACGGAUGGAAACUCAGGAGAUGAGAAGACAGGUAAGGAGACAGAUCUUUGGGUUUCUCACAAAACUGUUUUCCCUGUGUUGUUGGAGAAACUGGGCAAGGCUCUUGGUGUUGACCCAAAUUACAUCCGUCUCUUCUAUAUCAACGAAGAGGACAAGCGCGUUCCUCUCUUCAGAUCAUCCCAGUACUUGCUUGCAAAUCUCCCUCCAUAUCGCAGGUUUACUUUUGAGUACGAAAUCCUGAGUAUAACUCUCGAAGAACUGGAAACUAUGAAGUUGGUGAAACUUUCUUGGAUAGGAUCAGGUAUAAACCAUGAACAGAAACACGAGUUCCUGGUUCCUGAUGACUCGACAGUUCAGACUGUGGUUGACCGCCUUCAACCACGGGUUGGGUUUAACGAAAUCAUCAAACAGGAUCUAAUGAUCUGGGCUUCCUAUAACCAUACAUUCCAAAAGCCGAUUUCGUUAGACUUCCCCGUGAUCGAGCUUGCCAGUCAUGAAGAGCUUGUCAUAGGUUUGUUUCCAGAGUAUACAAGCUUGUGGCAGGAGUUCAACUGGGGGAAGAUCGGUGAUUCUGACGGAAACUUGACCCUGGACAACACAAAGUUCAUUCCGGUAGUCCAAUAUCAGGACGACCCUCACAGGGCAACACACGGGUCACCUUUCAUAUUCUUGCUUAUUCAAGGUGAGAAGAUUGAGGCCACGAAGACACGGAUUCAGAAGAUCAUGGGGUUGGGAGCUAAGGAAUUCAGCAAAGUUGGCAUAUCACUACUAGGAAGGAACUUUAAACCGGUGAAUAUCCCCACGGAUAACCCCGAUAUUAUUCUUUUCAACGAAGCGAGAUCAGACACUUCACUUGGUCUGAACCAUCCUGACCCGACCGCCAAAAGACAUGAGAGAGCAAUUUUUAUUAAAAACUGA